AUGUUUCCCAUGCAAAUAACCCUUACUUUCACCCAAAACAGAUCACUUGUUGAGCAAAAGAUCGGCGUGUGCCUGAAUUACUACACCUUUUGGUUGCAGGAUGCACAGGAGCUGGAAUCCCACAAAAACCUCGUGGAUCAGUGCGUCAAAGGCGAGGGUCUCGUCCAGAUCAACGUGCAAAUCCAAACCAUACGCAAGCGCAUCAAUAUUGCCGACGUACUCAAGCCCACGGAGGCCGCUCUGGCUGCUCUGGCCGAGGAGGUGGUAGCCCAGCUCUCGCCCCCCGAAACGGCCAGCCAAAAGAGCUCCUCCAGCGAAAGUCCCAUCAAAACGCCCGUGAAACGGAAAAUAAAAGAGGACUCCGAAGAGGAAUCCGUUGAAUCCAGCAAGGAUGUCAAGCCCGUCUUGAACUGGGUCCUCGACAGCAAGUUCAAGCGGGAACAGGCCCGCCUGAAGAUCCCCGAAGCGGCCAUCGAAUGGACGCAGGCCCAUGUGACGCACUGGCUCGAGUGGGCCAUCAAGCAGUUCGAGCUGCGUGGCAUCAACCUGAGCGACUGGCAGAUCAACGGCCAGGAAUUGUGCGCCCUGACGCACGAGGAUUUCAGCCGGAAGUUGCCCCGUGAUCCGGGCAAUGUAUUUUGGACGCAUCUGCAGCUGCUGAAGGAGUGCAACUUUGUGUCCGUGGUGCACAAACAGGCGGAGGAGCUGAGGAAACCCAAGCAACCUAGGAUUAUGUCAGCCACUGCCAUAACGACCACAUCGGGCUCGGUUUCCUUGGAACAGCGGAUAAUGCGGAAGUCCUACCAAACAGUCAAGGGUUCCGAUUCCGUUGAAAGUUCACCCACUUCCAUGAGCCCCACCAACUACACCACCAUUGGUUCCGGCAACAAUGGACAAGUGCAGCUGUGGCAGUUCCUACUCGAAAUACUCACCGACUGCGAGCACACGGACAUCAUCGAGUGGGUGGGCACCGAGGGCGAGUUCAAGCUCAGUGAUCCGGAUCGCGUGGCGCGCCUGUGGGGCGAGAAGAAGAACAAGCCGGCCAUGAACUACGAGAAGCUUUCGCGGGCGCUGCGCUACUAUUACGAUGGAGAUAUGAUCUCCAAGGUGUCCGGCAAGCGAUUCGCCUACAAAUUUGACUGCGAUCUAAAGCUGCUGAUUGGCUACGAUGCCAAGGAGCUGUCGUGGCUGGUCAACGAGCGGAAGGUGGUGCCCGAGCCCGUGGUCCCCCUGGAAACAACCGUGAAAGAAGACACAUGACAUGGCGAGCUGCUGAUGAAGCUCAUGAAGCUCAAGGAGGAGGAACCCGACAUACUCUGGAAGUACGAGGAGCCUUAGCGUUGGCUGACUUGGUCGGAUGACGGCGCCUGGUUAAUAAUACAAAUUGUUACACACUCUACACAUUUUACACUCUUAAGGCACACGAUUUUAUUAUCCAUUUCGUAUUCACUAAGCUUUAUAAUCUCUGUCUACGUAAGCUAUAGCUAUAAGUAUCGCUUGUCUACAGCUAAACCACUUAAUUAUUAUCUGAAUAGUAUCUCUAUAGUGUGUAUAUUGAAUAUUGUUCGUUACAUGAUUGUUGCGAUUUUUGUAAAAUCCAUAAAACUAAAUUCAUUUCCACGCGA